GGCGCCGCUGACCAAAGAACGCGUCUUUAGUGAAAUUCCGUACGGAGAAGAUGAGAAACCACCGCAAAAGGCGAAAUCAUCACCAUCAUCGGAUCAAUGGCGUCCUCGAUCUACAGUUGCAAGGGAUGCGGGUCGAAUCUGAAUCUGAAUCCUAACAAUUUGUUCCCGCCCGAUUUCUACUUCGAAGCCGGGAACAAAGGGACGUUCUCCUUCUCCGCUGUCGACGCGACCAAGUUCAGGUUCGAGAAGGAGGACAAGAUCAUGCCUUUCUUCGAAACAGUAAACUACUGGGGAAUCCAGCGGAAACGGACGAAGAUCAAGUGCAACAGCUGUAGCCGGCUCGUGGGUUACAUCUACGAUGACGGUCCACCGCUUACCGAGGGCAUCGGUCAGUUCGGGUUUGGUCCGAGCCAGGUUGUUCCUCGUGCCCCUCGUUACCGGUUCAAAACCAAGGCGCUUGGGAUCUCUUCCCAGACGUAAUCGGCUCGUCCGACCAGUGUUUGCAGAUCUCCAACUACAUUGAUACAUAGGAACAGAACCAAAACCCAGUGAUUAUUUGAUGCAUUGGAAGAAUUGGGAAGGGAGAAAACGGAUUGUUGGUGGAGUAUAUUAGCAGUAUCCAGAUACUUGAAAAUGGCUGGUUGGUAGGCUUUGAUUAGCAGCCUCUGGUUUCACACAGUGGUGAAAGCUUUGCUUCGAGGGCUCAUACCCUCUUAUCGUAAACUUGUGCUACCCUUGCUGUAUUCACCUCCAACAUGUGUCGGACCUCAGUGUGAAGACCAUUGACGAACGCACUCUCCAAAACCGAUUCCGGUAUUUUCGGUA